UGAUGGCUCCCCAGACAACCCACUUGUGCGAAGACUACGACACUUGACAUUGAAAGCUUAAUACUCUAGGACCAUGAAUUUCAAAGCUCUUGUCUCAAUGCUGGCUAUUAUCCCAGCUAUAGUGAGUGGAGCUAAUGUUCUGAUCCUGUCUGGAGUUCCAUCACCAAGUCAUUCGAUAUGGCUCCGUCCGCUGAUAAAUGGUUUGGCCGAGAGAGGUCACAAUGUAACUGUUGUAAGUCCAGACAUUGAGAAGAAUUCACCGAAAAACGUUUCAUACGUGCAUCUGGAAAAUAUCUACGAUGAAAUGUACAACACCAGUAAUCGCCAAAUGUUGGAUUUUUUUGAGAUGCAUUCAAGUCCUAUGCAUAUAUUACGCUUUAUGGAUGAAUUCGGUAUAAUCUGCUGCAAGGCGGGAAUUAAAUCGAAAGGAUUCAAGCAGCUUAUGAGUUAUCCUGACAACUUCAAGUUCGAUCUUUUCAUGAGUGACUACAUGCUAGGACCAUGCUUCGCAUCGCUCCUAAUGUACCGUUUCGGGAAUCCACCUUACAUUCCAGUGGCGCCGUACAACGCACUAGCGACAUCAUCACCUCUGAUCGGAUCAUAUGCUUAUUCUGGGUUUAUUCCAAACCAUUCAUAUGACGUUCCAGAAUCAAUGAAUUUUUGGCAACGUCUGCAUAACUGGUUCUACGAUUUGUACGAAAUCAUCAGUAAAGAUGUCUACCUGUAUCCGGAGACCGAUGCCAUACUUAAACAAGUUUUUCCGAAUGCUCCGACUACAAAGGACCUUCAGCGCAACAUAAGAUUAUUGUUCAUCAACAACAAUCCUGUGAUACAAUAUAAAGAACCACAGAUGCCAAACGUUAUUCCAGUCGGUGGAAUGCAGAUUCAAAAAGCAAAACCAUUGCCAGACGAUUUGGAGCGUAUAGUGAGUCGUGCGAAAAAUGGAUUCAUUCUCUUUUCUCUGGGAUCAAAUGCCAGGAGUGACACAUUGGGCUCUGACCGAAUCCGAGAGAUCCUUACUGCCAUGAAAGCGCUGCCACAAUAUCAGUUCAUAUGGAAAUUUGAAUCAGACGAAUCAAAGUUGCCGAUGAAGGUUCCGGAUAAUGUGUUCAUACGAGCCUGGAUGCCUCAGAAUGAUCUGUUGGCUCACCCUAAUAUAAAGCUAUUCAUCACACAUAGCGGUCUUCUAAGUACUCAGGAGGCCAUCUGGAAUGGAGUUCCGAUCAUUGGUUUUCCUCUUUUUGCUGAUCAGUUCCGAAACAUAAAUUAUUGUGUAUCUCUUGGAGCUGCGAAGAGGCUUACGAUUCAUUACCUGCAAGCCAAAGAUCUCGUUGACGCCAUCAAAGAUAUUAUCAACACUCGUAGUUAUAGUGAAAACAUGAAACGUUUGUCCCGGCUGUUUCGUGACCAACCUGAAAGUCCAUUGGAACGUGCCAUUUGGUGGGUUGAAUGGGUUCUGCGAAAUCCGGACAGCGAAAUGCUCCAACCAAGUGCUGUGAAUGUGCACUGGUUCAAGAAGUACAUGUAUGACGUUUUAUUGUUUCUAGUGAUAUUGGUACUGUUGACAUUCUAUGUAGUAUUUAAAAUAGCUAAUAAAACACUUUCGUUUUUACCAAAGAGUGUAAAAGCGAAGCAAAGCUAAGUUCAA